AUGAAGUCUACCUCUUGCUUCCUUCUUAUUCUCAUCCUCCUCCAGCUGAUGAUCCCAGGGACUGCUCCGUGUUCCUUAGACUCCCUUGUGGAUACAAAGAUAAAGGAUCUUUUCUCCUAUUCAGAGUUAAAUCCUUCCCCAACAAAAAGGAUGUCGUGUGUCAGUAUCACGAACUCAGGCAGACUAUCCUCCUGCCCUGCAGGGAUGGUUGUCACUGGCUGUGCCUGUGGCUAUGGCUGUGGUUCCUGGGAUAUCCGGGGAGAAACCACAUGCCACUGCCAGUGCAGCACAAUGGACUGGACCACUGCUCGCUGCUGCCACCUGACCUGA